GCAGCGUUGGGUGCGCGGGGCCCGGCCCGUGACUCGCGCGGGGACGCGCUCCCUCCGUCGGCUGAGGGGCGGCCGCUGCCCCGCGGUGUCACAGGUGGGCUCGUCCCACCCGGUGCCGGCUGUUCUCUUUCCCUGCCGGCCACAGACAUAGCCCGUCUUCCUCCGUUCCCUUCCUCGCAGCCCAGGUGCGUGGGGCUGGGCUCGCGGUGCUGACAGCUGGCACGGCCUGCUCUGCUGUCACGUACGUGGCCCACGGAUGAGGGCUUCAGGCAGUGCCAAUUAACGCCCGCCCUUAAUGACGCUGGUUGCAAGGAGCGUGCUGUCACCUUGCUUUUCUCUCACAGCCGCGGCUUGAUUUGCUGCUCUGGCAGAGAUGGCGUUAACUGCGUGCUGGUGCCAGUGCCACGGGUACAUGUCUGCCCGGUAUUUCCCAGCUGUUCACUGAAGGUUUUGUCCCUCUCCUCCUGGGCUCAGCAGGGCCUGCUCGGCUCCGUGCCGACGUGACCGAACUCGAGCAGGCCCUGCCUCGCUCUCCCAGUUUGAUGAGUUUGACCCAAAUUGCAGCAGACGUGCCGUGGAGGAUGAGCACGCUGACACAAGGCAGAGCGCGCUCCUAGAGCUGGACUUUCAGCUGAGUGACUUCCCAUUAACGUCUCCUGGUGACGCGAUGGCUCUCCUCACCCACGCAGCCCCAUUGUUCUCCACCCGUGCUCAAUGACUCAGGGCUGCUCUGCUCCUUCCGAAACUCUCUUGGCUUGGUGAGGAGUGCAGAGAAGGAUUUUUUUUUGCGUUCCUGGUGUUUCUUGCCCAAGGAAGUGGUUAAAUGAGUGAAGCAGCAGCGGAAGAGUGCCUUGGAUAUUUAAGGCAAUUUCAUUUGGCAUAAACACUCCAGGAUCUUGUGGAUGGUCAUAUUGAACAUGGACAGUGAGGAAAUUCCAACCUUCUCAAGUCCAAAGGAGGAAACUGCCUAUUGGAAAGAGCUUUCCUUGAAGUACAAACAAAGCUUCCAGGAAGCUCGUGAAGAGCUGGCUGAAUUUCAGGAGGGAAGCAGAGAAUUAGAAGCUGAGUUGGAAGCACAGCUAGUACAGGCUGAGCAGAGGAAUAGAGAUUUACAAGCAGAUAACCAAAGGCUGAAAUAUGAAGUGGAAACGUUAAAGGAGAAACUGGAGCACCAGUAUGCACAAAGCUACAAGCAGGUGUCGUUGUUAGAGGAUGACCUGAGCCAGACACGGGCCAUUAAGGAUCAGCUCCAUAAGUAUGUCAGGGAGCUGGAACAGGCCAAUGAUGACUUGGAACGUGCAAAGAGGGCAACAAUAGUUUCAUUGGAAGACUUUGAACAAAGGCUGAACCAGGCCAUUGAGAGAAACGCGUUUUUGGAAAGUGAACUGGAUGACAAGGAGUCAUUGCUGGUUUCUGUGCAGAGAUUAAAGGAUGAAGCGAGAGACUUGCGGCAGGAGCUGGCAGUGCGGGAAAGGCAGCAGGAGGUCACCCGGAAAUCUGCGCCCAGCUCUCCAACUCUGGACUGUGAGAAGAUGGAUUCAGCUGUCCAGGCGUCUCUCUCCUUGCCAGCUACCCCUGUUGGAAAAGGAUCAGAAAAUAGUUUUCCUUCCCCAAAAGCUAUACCAAAUGGAUUUGGUACAAGCCCUCUUACUCCUUCAGCUAGAAUAUCUGCACUCAACAUCGUGGGAGAUCUCUUACGGAAAGUGGGGGCCUUAGAAUCCAAAUUAGCUGCUUGCAGAAAUUUUGCAAAGGACCAGGCAUCACGGAAAUCCUAUAUUUCAGGGAAUGCUAACAGCAGCACGAUGAACAGCAACGGCACAAAGUACCCUCACCCUGGGCAUACUUCUUUCUUUGACAAAGGCCCCUGUACUCUCUUCCCUGCCCCAAACUGUCGCUGGAGCCUGAAACAGCCACGCGUGCUCGUAGACCCGGUCCAAUCUGCAGCCGCUGCCUUAUGAACAGCCAGUUGUUGGGUGGUGGGAUUGUGCCAGAGGGCAGUGAACGGCUUUGAUCAAGGAACCCCGGGACUGGGAGCCUCCAGACCUUCCUCAGCACCUGGCAUGCUCCCCCUGAGCGUAUGAGUCGGCACCAGGUUGUGCUCGGACUUGCGGACGCUUUUCAGCCCAGCAAGAGAAGUGCUUUGGUUUCCUCCCCCUCCCUGCCCCGCGGGAACAGGACCCACACCAUGGCAUGCGGCAGUGCCCGUGCUGCUGGAGGAGACCCCGUGCUUGCAGCCUUUCGUGUCCUGUUAAUAGAGUUAACGAUCUCCCAUCGCUGUAGGGACGUGCUCUGUGGCCCCAUCCCACGUGUUGCACAGGCUGACACAGCGCUCUGUUCCAGGGGAUGCAGAACCUCAGCCCGGUGCUGCUCGACCUGUCACUGCAUCUCUUCUCUCAGUUAGGUUUGGUGUGACAAAAACAUUUGCUGCUUUUCUUGAAGGCUGCACCUCCCCCUCCCUGAUCUCGCAACCAUUUAAGGCAUCCAGCUGCUGUCCUCCCCAUCCAACCUCUCAAAACACACGGGGUGAGGCUGGGAGCAGGAGAGGUGACUGGCAGUUAGCUCUGGGGUCUGAGUUACUGCAGCUUAGAAAUCACAGUUGGACAGGUGAGCAGGUGGCUGUGUCCAUAAGGAGGAGAGCCCUUCCCCAGCUCAGCAGAUGGGCACAGAGCUGCUGCGGUGAGGGGGGGGCAGCAGGCUGGGAGCAGCUCUCAUCAUUGAGCGCCAGUGCCCUUACAGCCCUGGGGUGAGCUUGGCUGGAGCCUCCUCCUUUGGCACAGGCUCUGCAGCAAGCGUCUGUCUCCCAUGUGCCUGAACCAUACCCCCAGUCCCAGCCCUCUGCCCUCCUUAGUGACACUUCUGCCCCCCAAACCAGACAGCAGCUCUGUAGGAAACCGCUAAGCCCAUGGGCCGCACUGCCCACAAACUGCCCGCUCCCAGGCCCCUGUAUCCAUGGACCCUGUGUUCAGAUCUGUAAUAUAGGACUGGAUUUCACAGCGUCACCUGCAGGCUUCUGUGACAGUGUUGGGCGACUGUACCUUGUGGGUCUUCCAAGCGAUGUCUUUGUGCGAUUCCUCUGUCCAUGUGCCUCAGAGGCGGUGGAUUUUGACGUGAACCAACACAUCCCACUGGGAUUUGAGAGAAAAAAAAAAAAAAAACCUUCCUUCCCUGUUUGGUCCAUGGCGUUCCAUUGGCUCUGCAGCUCUAUGUUGGUUUAUUGACAAGUGCUGAGACAAACCACCGGCCCCAGCAGAAAAGAGGUGGGAGCAUCCCCCUCCCCCCCUUGCCGUUAGGGCCCCUGUGGUCCCUCCUUUCCUGUGCAUCCUCUGCUGCAUUUGACUGUUUACAUUUGUUUUAUUGUACAUAGGUUUGUAAACAUAUUAUCUUUGCCUAAGAUCUUUGUACAUAACUUAACUUGGGCUUUGUAGCUUUAUUUAUUCAAAGUCUAUAUGGCAUGUUUCAAUAGGACAGUGUACCAUACCACCAUGGUCACACAGCAUAAUGUGGUUUAAAGACAAAAAAAAAAAAAAAACCUGAGAGUCAUAUUCCAGAAAUAAAGUUCUUUUAAUGUGGAA